AUGGGAGGUAGAAAAGUUACGUAUAAUAUUUCACCUCAGUUUCAAAUUAUUAAACCUUUAGGCCAAGGCGCAUAUGGAUUAGUGUGCCUUGCGAUACACAAACCUACACGAAGAAAAGUGGCAAUUAAGAGGAUAGAAGCUUUUGAAAAUCCUCUAGUGACUUUGAGAACCAUAAGAGAAAUUAAAUUGUUGGAUAAAUUCAAGUUUCAUGAAAAUGUGGUGCAAUUAUUAGAUAUUCAAAUGCCAAAGAGUAUCAAUGAAUUCAAUGAGGUUUACAUAAUUGAAGAAUAUCUUCCCAACGAUUUACACACGAUUAUUCAUAAGUGUUUGUUGAACGAUGACCAUGUUCAGUAUUUCAUUUAUCAAAUAUUGAGAGGUCUAAAAUAUAUCCAUCUGUCGAAUGUUAUUCACAGAGAUUUGAAACCUUCAAAUAUUUUGAUAAAUGAAGAUUCUGACCUCAAGAUAUGUGAUUUUGGUUUGAGUAGAUUAUUGGUAGAUGAAGAAGAUCCAGUAGAUGGAGGCUCCAAAAGGAGACAAAAACAACAGAUUUCGAAUCUAACUGAAUAUGUGGCUACCAGAUGGUAUAGGGCCCCAGAAAUAAUGUUAACUGUGUCUAAUUAUUCAACUGCUGUUGAUACAUGGUCAGUGGGAUGCAUUUUGGCAGAAAUGUUUACAGGAAUACCUCUAUUCCCGGGGAAAGAUUACAAACAUCAGAUUUUAUUGAUUACACAAUUAUUAGGUAAUCCAGCAUACAACGAAGAAGAGAGUAAAUGCAUCAAAACAAUUCGGUCUAAACAAUUUCUACAAAGUAUACUGAACUAUCCUAGAUUGGAUUUCAAAUCAGUGUUCGAAAAUCACCCUAAUAGGUUGCAAAAAUAUGGAUUCCAAGAAAUUAAUCCCCUUGGAAUCGAUUUAUUGGAGAGAUUAUUGGUUUUUGACCCUAAAAAGAGAAUCACAGUCCAAGAAGCUUUAGAACAUCCUUAUUUAGCUCAAUAUCAUGAUGUUAGCGACGAGCCCACCACCACCAAGAUACCUCCUUUCGAAUUUAGAUAUGACUACGAAAAUAAGGACGACUUGAAUACUGAAGUGUUAAAGAUGGAGUUAUACAAUUUCAUUCAUUUCUACAAGGAAAUAAAUUCGACUAGUUAA